AUUGUGCUUUUUUUGAUGGAGCCGGCAAAUAAAAAAUCCAAAAUGACGAAUCACAGCAAGUUCCACCAGAAAAAUAAGAAAAAGUACUUCCAGAGCAACAAGCAAGUGCUCCAGGUCGGCCAGCGCGGUUUUUUCGCCACUUGCAACAUCAACGAAAAGGGCUGCGUGCGCGAAUGCUACAACUUGCUGAACCAUUACGCUGACAUUCUGUACGGCCCCGAACAGCCGAAAGAGACAGAAAAGAAGCAGUCCGCUGGCGAUACUGGAAAGGGUUCUGGAUCCACCAACGACGACGAUGACGACUUGGAUGCGGCCGCUGCUAAAUGCCGCGAGACUCUCACGCAGCGCAAGGUGCGCUUCCAAAACGUGGAAACCGGCACCACCAACUGUAUCUUCAUACGCACUCUUCUGGACGAUCCGGUUGGGCUGGGCAAACACAUUGUCGACGAUAUAACCACCACUGGCAAGUCGAUGUCGCGCUUUGUCCUGCGCCUGGUCCCAAUUGAGGCCGUUUGCCGCGCCAAUAUGCCGGACAUAAUCGCCGCUGCCGGGCCGCUCUUUGAUAAGCAUUUCCUGAAGGAGCCCACCAGUUAUGGCAUUAUAUUCAACCAUCGCUACAAUCAGCAGAUCAAGCGUGAUCAGAUAAUACUCGAACUGGCUGAUUUGGUCAACUCCAAGAACGCGGGCAACAAAGUGGACCUGAAGCAAGCCAAGAAAUCCAUUAUUGUAGAAGUACUCCGUGGCUGGUGCCUGCUCAGCGUGAUCGACAACUACUUGGAGUCCAAGAAGUACAACCUGGUCGAGCUGGCCAAUCCGAGCGAGAAGAAAUCGAAUGGUGACGCCGAAACCAAGGCUGAAGAGAAGUCUGUGGAAGAAGCAAAGCCCAAUGAUGAGGAUGCAGCCGAGGAGUCAGACAAGGACAGACCCACCGAUGAGACUGACAAAGCUUCCGCCGCCUCUCCUGCUGUGCAGAAUGAAUAAAAUUUUAUAGAAGUUCCUCGUUAAA